AUUAUUAUAAAUACUAAAUAAUCUACACGCAAAGCGAAGAUCAGUAAUUUGCAGAAGAGAAGAGAGUUGUAGAUUGUUCCACUAAUUUCAGAAAUGAAAGAAGAUUACGAGAUUGAAGAGAAAAAGCAAGCUGCUGCUGAUGUAUUGUUUCAAUAUUCUAAAUUUGCCAUGGCAUGUAUUGGAAAUCAAGUUCGACCUUGCGAUAUGAGGCUCCAUUUAAUGAAGGAGAUCUCAGGGCUGCCAACUUCGAUAAAAAGAGAACGGGUCCAGAUUGUAGCUUCACCGGAUGCAAUGGGCGAAUCAUCAAGUUCAGGACAAAUACGGCAGUGGGUCAGAGAGUGGUUCGAAAAGGAAUAUAAUUAUAUUAGCUCGGAUGAAAAUUGAAUUCGAGAUUUCACAGUUCUGGAUUCGGCUCUAGCAUUCUUUGUUGUUUGUCAAUCCAAGGCUGCAGUAGAAACAGAGAACUGUUGUACUUCUUUUUUCCAGUGAUUCAGAUUGCUGUUGAUAUGGAGGGCAUAUUUUAAGGUCGAGAUUUAAUUCUUGACACUGCCUCUCGAAUUGGAUUUCCUGUUUUUCGCACUUGACUGCUCUAGUUAUCUUCUCUUGUUCUGAAACUGCACCAAGAGAAUUACUUCUCAUGCUGUCAGCAGAUGUUGCUUCUUUGGCUAGGCGAUGAGUCGAGGGAUCAAUCCCUCGAUUCAGUAGCUUUCUUCUUAUGUGGGUAUUCCAGUAAUUCUUGAUUUCAUUAUCAGUUCGUCCUGGUAAUCUACCUGCUAUAAGAGACCACCUGAACACACAUACACACAAGCCCUAGUUAGGCCUCAAACUAUUUUUCACAUUUCGGCAAAAAGUAGCAUAAAUUUCAACGGUAUAUGGUGCUUACUUGUUACCGAAAAUGCGGUGUAGUUCAAUAAUAAGCUCAUCUUCUUCGGCGGUAAAAUUUCCGCGCUUAAGAUCAGGCCGUAGAUAGUUAAUCCACCGAAGACGGCAACUUUUGCCGCAACGAAGAAGGCCAGCGGCUUUAGGAAGAGUUCUCCAGCAGCCUUCACCAUGAGCUUGAAUAUAAGCAAUAAGGUGUUCAUCUUCUUCUCUAGUCCAUGCCCCUUUGUUGGUAUGAGCUUUCUCACAGCAUGGAGACCUACCCAUUUCCUUUUUCUGCUUGUUGAAUAGUAAAAGUUAUUAGAUGAUUGGUGCUUUUAGGUGCAUUUGAAGCUGAGUCUCUCCAGUUUUUUUGGAUAUGCAAGUUAUAUAGUAGUGAAUAUGGAUAAUAAUAAUAAUAAUUUGUAGCACUAAUUGUUUGUAGAUAUUGGUUGGUGGAUUCAAAAGGAUUAGAGAGGGUCCACUUUUGGUGACUUUAUUAA